AUGGCCGAAUCUGAAAGUUUUGCUACAUCCCGUUCAAGACGUGAGAAAAGGUCUAGAAGAGGUCAUCAAGAAGCCCUGGAACGUCUGAAAAAAGCCAAAGCUGGUGAAAAAAUAAAAUACGAGGUUGAGGAGUUCACAGGUGUUUAUGAUGAAAUAGAUGAAGAGGAAUACUCCAGGAGGGUCAGAGAGCGGCAGGAUGAUGACUGGAUUGUUGAUGAUGCUGGGAUAGGCUAUGUAGAAGAUGGAAGGGAAAUCUUUGAUGAAGAUCUAGAUGAUGAUGCUCUUGUUUCCAGCAAGAAAGGAAAAGGUGGCAGAACAUCUACAAGUGAUAGAAAGAAUGUAAAGAAACCUGUGGUAUCAAAGCCAAACACAAUUAAGUCUAUGUUCAUAGCCAGUGCUGGGAAGAAAAACACAGAUAAAACUGUGGACCUGUCAAAAGAUGAUUUACUAGGGGAUAUUCUUCAAGAUCUAAAUGCGGAAACUGUCCAGCUAAGUCCACCACCAGUUAUAAUACUGAAAAGGAAAAGAUCUGCCGGAGUGCCCCUGAAUCCUUUCUCUGUACCAUCCCAGACUCAUAAGGUAAUCAGCCCUGUAUCAAGAAAUGUUCCUGCUCAUCGUAAGAAGGAAGCUCUUCCUACGGCUUCAUUCCGUCCUAAGCAUCCCAAUUAUACGGCAAAAUCUGUUACAGUCUCUAAAGAGAAUGAGGAUACCAAAUAUAGUUCAGGAGUUACAGAAAAUGGAGAAGCAGUGAAGGCAACAGAAGAGGAAACUAUUGAAGAUGAUGAUCAAGGAACGAUGGAUUUUGAUGAGGAGGACUUUGAUGAACCUAUGGAAGCAGAAAAUGUGGAAACUAAACCUGAGGCAGCUGAAAACUUGAAUAGAGACAAGGAAAUGGAAAAGAAGCAGACAGGGCAACUGGAAUCUGUGAAGAGAGAGACAUCUGUGCUAAGUUGUUCACUCCCAGAUGUCUCAUGCUGGGACAGAGUUGAUGAGGAUGAAGCUGAUCUAGUGGCGACAGAAGUUCAGCUGGAUCCCAACCUCCUUCCACUUGUGAAUGGGGAAAAUGAUGAUCAAGUCUUAAGAUUUUAUUGGUUAGAUGCUUAUGAAGAUCAAUACAGUCAGCCAGGUGUGGUAUUUCUGUUUGGCAAAGUUUGGAUAGAAUCAGUAAACACCUACGUCAGCUGUUGUGUGACAGUGAAAAAUAUUGAGAGAACUGUUUACCUGCUGCCACGUGAAACAGAAAUGGACCUAUCCACUGGCAGAGAGACAGACACUCCAGUAACUAUAAUGAGCCUCUUCAAGGAGUUUAAUGACUGCAUUUCACCAAAACAUAAGAUUAUGAAGUUCAAAUCCAAGAAAGUUGAAAAGCACUAUGCUUUUGAGAUCCCAGAUGUUCCGGCAAAAUCUGAAUACCUAGAAGUAAAAUAUUCGGCUGAAUUCCCUCGACUUCCCCAGGAUCUGAAAGGCGAAACAUUUUCUCAUGUGUUUGGAACUAACACUUCUAGCCUGGAACUUCUGCUGAUGAGUAGGAAGAUCAAAGGACCGUGCUGGCUGGAAAUAAAAAAUCCACAGCCCUCAAAUCCAUCAGUCAGCUGGUGUAAGGUAGAAGCAGUGGCUGUGAAACCUGCCUUGGUGAAUGUGGUAAAAGAUCUUUCUCCUCCUCCCCCUCUUGUGGUCAUGUCCCUCAGCAUGAAGACAAUUCAGAAUCCAAAGACUCACCAGAAUGAGGUUGUGGCUAUUGCAGCUCUGAUUCAUCAGAAAUUUCCUUUGGAUAAGGCUCCACCUCAACCUCCUUUUCAGACACAUUUCUGUGUUGUUUCCAAACCGAACGAUUGCAUUUUUCCUUAUGACUUCAAAGAAGCUAUUAAAAAAAAGAAUGCUAAAAUAGAAAUUGCCGCGACAGAGAGAACACUGCUGGGAUUCUUCCUUGCAAAGAUUCAUAAGAUUGACCCAGAUGUUGUUGUGGGUCAUAAUAUUUAUGGAUUUGAUCUGGAAGUGCUGCUUCAAAGAAUUAAUGUGUGCAAAGUCCCUCACUGGUCCAAGAUAGGUCGACUGAGGAGGUCCAAUAUGCCAAAGCUUGGGGGCCGCGGAGGGUUCGCGGAGAGGAACGCCGCCUGCGGCCGCAUGAUCUGCGACGUGGAAGUUUCCGCUAAGGAGUUAAUUCGUUGCAAGAGCUACCAUUUGUCUGAGCUGGUUCAUCAGAUUCUGAAAACGGAACGGGUAACAAUCCUACCAGAGGAGAUUGGAAAUAUGUACAGUGAUUCUCCUCACUUACUGUUCAUGCUGGAAAACACCUGGAUAGAUGCCAAGUUCAUUCUCCAGAUCAUGUGUGAGCUGAAUGUUCUGCCACUAGCCCUUCAGAUCACAAACAUCUCUGGGAAUGUUAUGUCGAGGACGAUGAUGGGUGGACGGUCGGAACGAAAUGAGUUCUUGCUCCUUCAUGCAUUUCAUGAAAAAGACUAUAUAGUGCCAGACAAACAAGUUUUUAAAAAGCCUCUGCAGAAGCUGAUGGAUGAAGAUGAAGAAUUUGAAGAUCAGACUAAAUCCAAGAUAGGGAAAAAGAAAGCAGCAUAUGCUGGGGGAUUAGUCUUGGAUCCCAAAGUUGGUUUUUAUGACAAGUUUAUUUUGCUUCUCGACUUCAACAGCUUGUACCCAUCAAUUAUCCAGGAGUUUAACAUCUGCUUUACCACAGUGCAGAGAACAUCGUCAGAAGCACAGAAGAGGACAGAGGCUGAAGAAGAAGAGAUUCCAGAACUUCCGGACCCAUCCCUGGAAAUGGGAAUUUUGCCUAAAGAAAUUAGGAAACUGGUGGAGAGGAGGCGCCAAGUUAAGCAGUUAAUGAAGCAGCCAGAUUUAAAUCCUGACCUUUAUUUACAGUAUGAUAUCAGACAGAAAGCUUUGAAACUCACUGCUAACAGCAUGUAUGGCUGCCUGGGAUUUUCCUACAGCAGAUUCUAUGCCAAACCUUUGGCUGCUUUGGUGACACAUAAAGGGAGAGAGAUUUUGAUGCAUACCAAGGAGAUGGUGCAAAAGAUGAACCUUGAAGUGAUUUAUGGAGACACAGAUUCCAUUAUGAUAAAUACAAAUAGCACCAAUUUGGAUGAGGUCUUCAAGUUAGGGAAUAAGAUCAAAAGUGAAGUGAACAAGCUCUAUAAAUUGCUGGAGAUUGAUAUUGAUGGAGUCUUUAAGUCCUUACUACUGUUAAAGAAGAAGAAAUACGCUGCUCUGACAGUAGAACCAACUGGAGAUGGGAAAUACGUAACUAAACAAGAACUGAAAGGGCUGGACAUAGUCCGGAGAGAUUGGUGUGAUCUUGCAAAAGAAACUGGAAACUAUGUCAUUGGUCAGAUUCUUUCUGACCAGUCUCGAGACGUAAUUGUGGAAAAUAUUCAAAGGCGGCUGAUAGAAAUUGGAGAAAAUGUCAUCAAUGGCCAGAUCCCAAUAAAUCAGUUUGAAAUAAAUAAGGCAUUGACAAAAGAUCCACAGGAUUAUCCUGACAAAAAAAGCCUGCCACAUGUGCAUGUUGCCAUGUGGAUAAACUCUCAAGGAGGCCGAAAGGUGAAGGCAGGGGAUACAGUCUCAUAUAUCAUUUGUCAGGAUGGAUCAAAUCUGAGUGCCAGCCAGCGAGCAUAUGCUCCAGAACAGUUGCAAAAACAAGACAAUCUUAUUGUUGAUACUCAGUACUAUCUAUCACAGCAAAUACAUCCAGUAGUUGCUAGAAUAUGUGAGCCUAUAGAGGGAAUUGACUCUGUUCUUAUUGCAACGUGGUUAGGACUGGAUCCCUCGCAGUUCAGAGUCCAGCACCAUUGCCAAAAAGAUGAGGAGAAUGAUGCCUUGCUUGGUGGCCCAGCUCAGCUCACUGAUGAGGAGAAAUACAGGGAUUGUGAGAGAUUCAAGUUCUGCUGCCCCAAAUGCGGAACAGAGAAUAUUUAUGACAAUGUCUUUGAUGGCUCGGGGCGUUUUAUGGAACCCAGCUUGCAAAGGUGCAGCAAGAGCGAAUGUGAGGAGCCUCCUUUCAACUAUGUGGUUCAAAUGAACAAUAAAUUACUGUUGGAUAUUAGAAGACACAUACGAAAAUAUUAUAAUGGUUGGUUAGUAUGUGAGGAGCCAACUUGCCAGAAUCGAACCCGUCGACUUCCCCUCAAUUUUUCCCGGCAUGGUCCUAUAUGUCAGGCCUGUAGGAAGGCUGUUUUAAGACCAGAGUAUUCUGAUAAGGCCCUCUACACCCAACUCUGCUUUUACCGGUACAUUUUUGAUGUGGAUUAUGCAGUGGAUAAAGUGGUUCCUGAAGAAGAUAAAG